UCCUCGGUGGUUUAGUGGGACGCAGCCAACGUCCUGGCUGUAAAAAAAAUACGAGAUUCUAUUUUAAAAGUAAAAUUCACUCUUUUGUUUUAAAAAGUACAUCGUGUGGUGUAGCGGGAAAACGGGUAAAUUCAAAUAUGGAACGCUUGGCGUAAUCGACUAUCAUUACUUAUUUUGUUGUCUUAAAAUUUUAAUUUGUGAUAUUUAAAUAGGUUCGCGGAUAUUCACGAUUUACGAAAAUAAGUGGUACUUCUUAUAAAAGUACAGCAAUACUUACAUGAAUUUAAGUUUUUUUUUAGAUAAAUGCCACUAAUUCUGCAAAAUGGCAACAUUGCGGCAAAGAAGAGGAGUAAACAUAAUAAUAACCCUCUUAUUCUAUGGUAUAGCUGAUGUCUGGACUAGCUUGCCUGUAGAUCUAGCUCCUGAUGAAAAAGUGUUGCCACCAACUACGUUAUCCCUUACUUCGACAUCGUUCACUUCAUCAAGAGCGACGACAGUCAACGUAUCAUUAUCGACAUAUGCUACAGUGAUACCACCGAUACCACCAAGUGAUAGAGAUAGAUUUCUGACUUUCGCCGAAUCGGGUCACCACAGGACUUUCAUGUUUGCUAAGGAUAACACGUUUAUACAACUUGAUGGAGAUGUUAUACAGAGGUUCCAGUUGAGGUUGUGCAGAGAAAUAUCAUUUAAAUUCCGGACACGACUCCCCCAUGGAUUGUUAGUGUACCAUAAUGUAAAGAACCCAGUGUUUAGGAUGCCACCUUAUGCUCUGUAUGUCAUCGUUGAAAAGGGUGAACUGAAAGUGGUGCACGUAUUUGGCAAGCAUCUUACGUCAGUAACGGUUGGUCGAGCUUUAAACAGAGAUGAGUGGCACAGUGUGGUUGUCACUAUUGAUGUUCACGGUGCUAGACUCAUAGCUAAAGUCGACCAGCUUAAAGAAGAAGUUUAUCUGAAGGGCUUAAGCUUUGAUACGAACUACGGAAUCACAGACAAUCUAACAUCGGUUAUUUUAAUAGGAGGUCUUAGCUCAGAAGAGAAGUUACAUGGAGUAAAAUACAUCAUCGAAUCAUUUGUCGGUUGCAUUAGUGACAUGGUUCUCAGUUCAGGCAAAGCUGCAUCGGACCUUCUACCUAUCGUUCCUCUGAUAGCCACCAAACAUGAAAACGUCAAAGAAGGUUGCAUCAAUAAAUGCAGAACUGUUGAAAACCUCUGCUUCAAAGGUUCUAGAUGCAUCAAUGAGUAUAAUGGGUACAGAUGCGAUUGUUUCGGGACCUUGUAUGAAGAGCAGCUUUGUGAUGUAUAUACGGCGACGGUACUCACGUUGCGAGGCUCAAGCUACGUGUCUUAUCGAGUGUACGACUGGAAAGAUAGAGUCCAUUCCACCAACACCCGCGUCAGUCUACAUUUCAAGACUCGCUUCGACGAUUCAGCCUUAUUCUACGCCAGUGGUCAGAUAGACGAUAAACAUCAUUACAUUGCUCUAUCAAUACAUCAAGAAAAAGUUGCCAUUCAAAUAGACUUAGGAGAUGGGGCUGUAGAAGAUUAUCUAGGUAUACACGUCAAUAAUAACCAAUGGCACAACCUCACAGUCACACUAUACGAGAAAAACGUAUCCGUAUAUUUAGACGAUAUAAGAGCCCAGUACGAAAUGCCAGGGGAUGCUAAAUACGUCUGCAUUGACCCAGAAAUUUACAUCUGUGGAGGCCCUGAUUUAUACAAAAUGAAAGGCUUAAAAUCCUUCAAUAACUUCGCUGGGAAUUUAAAAUAUGUUUACUACAAUGACGUAUCCAUUCUUUACGAACUGAAGCAACAUAACCCUAAAGUACAUUACAUAGGUGUGCUAAUUGAACCAGAGUUUGAGGAAAUUGAUAUAGAAGUUAUUCCGAUAACAUAUCCUUUUGCAACGUCUCAUAUUUGGUGGCCGUUGAAACAGAGUCAGAGUAUUAAUAUAGGAUUUCAGUUCAAGACAAGCAAGAAUAUGGCAGUUUUAGCUUACAGCGAAAUUACUUCUGGAUAUUGGGAGGUUCGAAUGGUGAAAGAAGAAAUACGAUUCGAAUUGGUACCUGAUGUGGGCAAUAAUCUGGUAAAGUCAGUAAAAUUUAAUGUCAGCAAAGAUUGGCAUACUGUUGUAUUGGAUUACAGGAAAGGAAGAAUUAAAUUAACUGUGGACAGUCCACAAAACAAACCUGCCGAAAUGUUUGGAUUAGACUUUCAACUACACGAUAAAGUUGUCAUUGGCAGUGGUCUAAAAUCGGCUAAUUUAGGGUUGAUUGGGUGUAUGAGAAAUAUCAAAAUUAACGGAUUGCUUAUUGAACCAAGAUAUGUCAUAAACACAGAAAGGGUAGUCGGCGAAGUAGCUAUCGACGACUGCAGAUACGUUGACCCCUGCACAAGACCGAACACAUGUGAGCAUGGAGGUAUUUGCUCUGUUAGAGAAGACAGGGUCAUUUGUAACUGUGAAAAUACAGGUUAUAUUGGGCAAAAUUGUCACUUCGCGAAAUACAGAAAGACAUGUGAAGAAUUAGCACUUUUAGGCUAUAGCAGAAACGAUGUGUAUCUAAUAGACAUUGAUGGCAAUGGUAAAUUCCCCCCAGCGCACGUGAAAUGUGAGUUCAGAGAAAUUGAAGCCGAUUCCUCUAUCACAGUGGUGGAACAUAAUCUGCCAAGCCAAGUGGAUGUUCGUUCAUCAUCAGGCCAAGACUUCAGCUUCAGAAUCAAAUACAGAGAAUUCACAGCCGAAAUGCUUCAGGAAUUAAUAUCGCAUUCUCUUUAUUGUCGCCAGUACAUCAAGUAUGAUUGCAAUAUGGCACCUUUGGAACUGCAUAGUGCCACUUGGUUUAUAUCUUCUUCAAACGAUGCUGUGGAUUUUUUGGGAAAUGUUUCUAGAGGUUACUGCCCCUGUGGUGUUAACGCCACAUGCGUGAACCCAACACAAUCCUGCAAUUGCGACGCUAAUGAAAACAAAUGGCAUUCUGAUGAGGGCACCCUGGUAGACCCAAAAAGCCUAGGCAUAAUGGAGAUGUUCUUCUUACAACAGAAGGACUUGACUGAAGAAGCUCAAGGAAGAAUCACUUUGGGACCACUGGAGUGUGUUGAGACAAAUACUCAACGUUACGUCGUGACUUUUACAACUUCUCAGUCGUAUAUAGAAGUGCCUGGUUGGAGAAAGGGAGAUAUUGCUUUCAGUUUCAGAACAACAGGAACUAGUGCUAUUCUAUUGUUCCAACCUCCUAUAAGACCAAACUACCCUUCGUUUAUGGUUGCUUUGACAAGUGAACACGAAUUAACAUUCAAUUUCACUCUCAACACUGGUACUACUAGAAAACUAGUAAUAAAUUCCAAGCGUAAACUGAAUGGCGGAGAGUGGCAUAAAAUCUGGAUUGACUAUAACUUUUAUCAUGUGAGAUUUAUGUUGAACACCGAGUAUCAAAUGUUAAAUCUUUUAUUGGAAGAAGAAUUUGGACCUUUCGAAGGCUCCAUGUUUAUUGGUGGUGCUACAGCAGAACACCUUAAAAAAUCUGCUGUAAACCAAGGCCUCAUAGGAUGCUUCAGAGGGUUAGUUGUAAAUGGAGAAAUCCUUGAUAUCUACAGUUACAUGUCCGUUCAUCUGUCUGAAAUCAUAAAGGAUUGCAAGCCUUCGUGUGUACCUAACCCCUGUCAGAACAAAGCUAUAUGUAAAGAGUUGUGGUCUAGCUACGAAUGCAUUUGUAAAAACCCUUGGGCUCAUUUAGGAACGCAUUGCGAAGAAAAUAUAAACAAGAAAGCGCUGACAUUCCAAACACCAGAAUCAUACUUAAAAAAGAAUUACCUCGUAGACAACUCAACGGAUGCUGAAAAAAACAGACUAAAGAAAAUGAUGACCGAAAACGUGUUAAUGAAUCUAAGAACUUAUGAUGACAACUCAUUAGUUUUGUAUGCCAAUGACAAUUUGAAUAACUUCAUACAUUUGUUUAUACAUAAUGGAACUCAGAUUAUUUACCUAUUCAACCAUGAAAAUGAAAUAAUUCAAAUGAACGUUACUCAUGAGAAAAUUAACAAAGGUGAAAGUGUGCAAAUUGCUAUAAUUAGAACUGAAAACACUACCACUUUACACGUUAAUAAGAGAAAUAGCACUAUAAAUAAAAUUGCGAAGCUCUUGACCAACUACACGAACAAACCUUGGACAAAUCCAGAAUUAGAGGUGAUCCGCCCACAAAGACCUCCAGCCCCACCAACCGAUUACUUCCAAAUGAACCUCGGAGGAUACGACUCGUAUUCUCUACACCUUGCCUCUAGAGCAACAUUGCUGCCUCAAGGUGGAUACGUUGGGUGUAUUAGAGGCUUCAAGAUUGCUGAUCAUGUUGUGGAUCUGUCCAGAAAAGCUCAGCAGGAAGAUGAUAUAGAUUUAACAGGAGUAUUGCCAGAAUGUAACAUGAAAUGUGACUCUGAACCUUGCAAAAAUGGUGGAAUUUGCACGGAAAACUUCAAGAAGCAGGAAAGCUCAUGCGAUUGUGAACUGACGAGCUACUUUGGCGAAUACUGUAUGGAGGAGAAAGGGGCAGACUUUAACGGAGAAAGCAUUUUACAGAGAAGAUUUGUCCUAUCUGGGCCCAUUUGGAAGGUUAAAAUCAAACUCGCGUUCUCCAGCAAUGAUUUAAGACAAAAAAACACCGUACUUUUAUUGGUCCAAACGGAGAAUAAGAGAAGUUAUUACCUUCUGGUAGCCAUUACACAAGAUGGUUAUUUGAAAUUUGAAGAAGAUCGCGAAGAAGCAGCGUAUGGAGCUGAAGUAAAAAAUAGAAACUUUUUAAAUGGUGCUCGACACACUGUCUAUUACACAAGACGUGGAGAUGAAGCCAAAUUGCUAAUAGACAGGAUUGAGGUACCUUUAGAAAAGUUGCCUCCUCAAGACCUCUGGGAAGCUCUCGAUGUGGGGUCCAAUGAAGUUCAAAUUGGAGGCUUGAAUACAACUGAUCCAAGACUAAAAAUCUACAAAGGAUAUAACGGAUGCCUUUCAAAUAUAUUCGUGGAAAUAAACAACCAGAGCAGUAUGAAGCCUUUAGAAGAAUACAUGCUAUAUACUCGGUCUGAUACUGAGAAAGUGAACGUGGUGAAUGCUCAGGGAGUGAGGAGUGCCCAGUGCUCGGCAGACUUCGACGAAGCAUGGCCUGAACAUGAUCAGAGCACUCAUAAUGGAAGCUUCCUCAUUAGCGUUGAUAAGACUUGGGUAGAAGACCCACCAAUAAGAAUUCCAUACGAUUCGCUGUACCAGCAACCUGAUGAUGAAGAGGAGAACACUGAUAAAAUAUUCAUAGCACUUAUAGUCAUAUUUGUACUGGGAUUAUGCUACACUGGAUAUCAUAUGUGGCGAACGAAUAAAGCGCACAAAAUGCGUCUAGAAAAGGAAGAAGACGAAAAGAUUAUGAGAGACAAAGAAAAAGCUACGAAACUUCAAGAACCUAGAAUUUCUUUCGGUCAACUCAAUAAAGAUGAUGACGACACGAACAAAGAUGGAGAAAAGAAACCUAACGGUGUAAUGAUUGACAUGAUUCCCACUGUUAUAAUAGAAGUUCCCAACGAUGAUAAACCUGCAAGUAGGAGAGGGUCAUUGAGAUUUAAAGAUAUCGCGGAUAACGGUUGGGAACCAUUAGAAGAAAAAGAUGAACCAUCAGAUAAUGAAGAGGAAGAAUCCCAAGAACAAAGCGACAGUAAGGAAACUGACUCAGAGAGUGACGAAUCUCAUGAAAGUGAGGAAUGUGAUGAAUCCGAAAAGGAAAAAGAGAUAGAUGAAAGCGCAGAAACUACAAAGGAGAAUAGUUUGAAAAAACAUCGGUCAACAAGGGAGCUUAACAAAGGACCGCCGACAUCGACAUUAACAACACAACUUCCAUAUAAAAUUGAUGAAGAUGGUUCGAAUGAGAUGUUAACAUCUAGCGCAUAGUUUUAUUAUUGUUUUAAAAUUUAUUACAAUAAACAUUUUAUAUUGAAAUACAA